UUGGAGAUUAUUAGUACACCUUAAACAAGGAUUUAGUUAAUUUUUAUAUAAAUAUUUUAUUUUAAAAAAUAUAUAUUAUUAUUUUUGUGUUAAAACAAAAGAAUCUUUUUUAACCUAAUUGAUUACUCUUGAGUUCAACAAGUUUUGUUUUAGAAGAUGAGGGUUUCUGAUUCUAAAUUUUGUUGUUUAAUUUCUUACGAAAACACAUCAUCUUCAAAUCAUGGUUAUUUUCUUAGAUCUUGCUCACAAAGUCACAUGAUUUUCAUCUCAAUUAUUCAUCAUUCACAAAAUUAAAGAUUAUGGUUGAUCAAAAAAUGGGGAGAGGAAAGAUUGAGAUAAAAAGAAUUGAGAAUACAACAAAUAGGCAAGUGACUUUCUGCAAGAGAAGAAACGGGCUUUUGAAAAAAGCUUAUGAAUUAUCAGUUUUGUGUGAUGCAGAAGUUGCUCUGAUUGUCUUCUCGAGCCGUGGAAGACUUUAUGAGUAUUCAAACAACAACAUUAGGUCAACAAUUGAUAGGUACAAGAAAGCAUGUUCAGAUCAUUCAAAUACCACAACUACCACUGAAAUUAACGCUCAGUAUUAUCAGCAAGAAUCUGCAAAACUGCGACAACAGAUACAGAUGCUGCAAAAUUCUAACAGGCAUUUGAUGGGUGAUGCUUUAAGCACAUUGACUGUGAAAGAGCUUAAGCAGCUUGAGAACAGACUUGAAAGAGGAAUCACUAGAAUUAGAUCUAAGAAACAUGAGAUGCUACUGGCAGAAAUUGAAUACUUUCAGAAAAGGGAGAUUGAGCUGGAAAAUGAAAAUCUUUGCCUUCGGACUAAGCAAAUGCAGAUAAGUGAGGUUGAAAGGCUUCCUCAAGUAAACAUGGUUUCUGGACAAGAACUGAAUGCAAUUCAAGCAUUAGCAUCUCGUAAUUUCUUCAAUCCAAACAUGAUGGAAGAUGGAACUUCUUACAAUCAAUCAUCAGAUAAGAAGAUUCUUCAUCUUGGGUGAUUAUGGUAUUGGCUAUAUGAUUAUCUAUCCAAUUUGCUUUUGGCUAAGUUAAUGCAUUAUUAAUUACUACUAUUUCUAUUUAUGCUUAUUUGGCUAAGUGACCAAUCAAGUCCUAAUUAACUUUUUCUUCAAUAUUUAUUAUGGAUAUGGAUUCUUUUUGUGAGAGUAUAUUAUGGAGUUUAUGUA